CAGACAUGUGUAUAUACCAUACACGCCAGCUUCCCCAACUGGAAACUCGACAAUAAAGUUUCUCUCUCUCUAACGAAAUCUGAAUCAUCUCUCCUCCGCUUUUAGCAUUCAAUCAAUUUUCCAACAUCGAAACACAAGUCUUCGUCAAUGAAUUCGGAUUCUCCUAUAUUAUAUACAGCAGCUACUCCUUUAUUUAUUCAUGUUAUCGGCAGAUGUGUUUUCACUCUCACAUUACCUAAAUGCCCUCGCAGCAGAACCCUUUUAAAUCAUUCUGAAACCGUUUCAUUAACUCGAUUCAAAUCCUCUUUACUCUCUCAUGAUCCUCCUGUUUCUAUAUCCAAUUUUUCGUUUUUCUCUUGUUUGAAUUCUGGGCCGUUCUGCUUUUUUCAUUUUUGAGUUAAUUGGGCUUUUUUUUCUUUGUGUAGAGAAGAUUGGAAAUUUACCCCCUUUUUUUAUUUUUUCGUGUAAAACCAAUGAUUGUAUGAUUGUUCUUCGAUUUUUGAGUUUAGCAUGAAUUUUUUUUUGUUGGGGUUUGAUUCAACGUUUUAUUUGUUAUUCUUGAUCCCCCUUUUCUUUUCAAUCUUCAAAAUCUGUUGAUCUUUUUUUCUCUUUUUCCUUCUUUGAUUCAAAGAAAAUCCCUAAUUUUUUUUUCUGGGAUUUUGAUUUAAAUUGAAAUCUUGACCUUUUCUGGGAAGGUCAAUAGUUGGAUUUGUUUGAAUGAAGAGGGUUAAUGAGAGUGUUGAGGGGGGGAGUGAAAACUUGGGGUUAAAGAAAGUUAAAUUCUCCAACGGGAAUGAUGAGAGUUGUGCUGCAUUAGAUAGAAAUGAAGCUGAAGAGAGGGUUUUGGUUGAGGAUGGAGGGAUAGAUUCUGCACAAGUGGAUAAAAUCGGAGACCUCUCCGAAAUUUUAGUCCCUGAAAGUAUAGAUGGUCUGUCUGUCGGUUGUGUCAAAGAGUCCAAUAAAUGGGACUUGGAUUUAAAUGUUGAUUUGAGUUUGGGAAAUGAGGAAGAGGAAAAAGGUCUAGGUUUUGAUCUUAAUUUUCCAGUGUGCACAACAAAGGACGUCGGGAUAAGUGAGAACAAAUCUGUGAUUAUCGACAUCCUAUCUGAUGAUAGCGACGAAGAGGUCGAGAUUAUAGGUUAUAGUGGUGGUUAUAAUGAAAAGGGUAAACAAAUCGAAUCAGGGCUGCCCCAUAAUAGUGCGGAAACAUUGAGUCUUGGCUUGGGAACGUACAGGAUAGAUGAUGUUUUUGGUGAAAGUAGUGUUGUGAAUGGUGGUGAGAGAAGAUAUACCAGGGAAGAAAAAGGGAAGGCUAGUGUAGUCGAUUCGUGGUUAUCGCUUAAGGCUAAAAGUCCAGUUGAUUUGGAUCUGCAGUUUCACUCUUCUGAUGAAUUAAUCAGGAUUAAUGAGCCUAAUGAAGAUGUUGAUGAUGGAACAUGGCAGUUAGCAGAAUGGGCUCCAAGAUCGGAGUCGGCUGAAAGAUUGUUUAGACAAGAAGAACGAGCGUUAAGAUUCAGAGAGUCAUUAAACAGACAAGCUUUGAGAGAAACCGCUAAACGAUUUGCUCGUGUAAAAAAUUCAGAUCAGAAUAAAGUAAACGAGCCUUUGUCUUUUCUGAGACAAGCACCACUUUCAAGAUCCGAAGUACAAGAAUUAGGGAAUACUCAGGGCCCCUUUUCUGAAGCUCUAAAGAUGGUAAGGGAGAGAACAUCGAAACGAGCGGCUAAGCAGUUGAUUGAUUGGAAACCCUGUUUAGAAAACCAGAACCGAAGCGCUACCGUGCCACUUGUUCCUUCGCUGUUGGAUCUGUCUAUUAGAGCUCUUGCACGAAAUGCAGAGCGAAUGGUGUCACUUGAAAUGGUUCCAGAUAACCUGCGUGAAAGACUAACCAACGUGUUGUGUGAUGCAAGUAAAAUGAAUGUUCACGUCAUGAGCCUUCUUGUUAAAGGAUGCCCGACAGAGAUACGCAUAAAAAAUUGCACAUGGCUAACCGAAAACCAAUUUCAGGAGACAAUUGCAAAUUGUGUGACAAGAGAUUUGCAGGUGCUUCAACUUGACCUGUGUGGGCGAUUGAUGCUCGACUUUUUGUUGAAGAAUGCAUUAGCCCAAUCCUCAAAUAGGUUUUCGAGUUUAGUUAUUUUGUCCCUUAGAGGUGCUUGUCGUUUGUCAGACACUGGGAUUAUGCACCUGCUCGAGUCAACACCUGCAGUACGGUCUAUUAAUUUGGGUCAGUGCACCCUCGUAACCUGUGAUGCCAUCAUCUUCCUUGCUAAUUCGUUAGGACCAAAUUUGAGGGAGCUGUAUAUAGAUGAAUGCCUCAAAAUAAAUGCAAUGCUCACUCUUCCUGCAUUUAAAAAGUUCAAAAAUUUGGAAGUACUGUCAGUUGCAGGCAUACGUACCGUAACCGAUCAAUUUAUCUGUGAGGUGGUUAGUGUAUGCGGUCAUAGUAUGAAGGAGCUCGAUCUUGCUAAUUGUCUAGAACUGACUGAUUACUCUCUCGGAGCCAUUGGUAGCAAUUGUGCUGAUUUAUGUUCGUUGAACAUUUCAAACCUGCAUAAGUUGACAGAUUUGGGAAUGGAGUAUCUUGCAAAUGGUUGUAAAUCAAUUCAGAAGCUUAAACUUUGUCGCAACGAAUUCAGUGAUGAAGCUAUGGCGGCAUUUAUAGAAAGCUCUGGAGAGUGUUUGACGGAACUCUUACUUAACAAUAUGGCAAAGAUUGAAGCAAACACUGCGUUUUCGCUGGCCAAACGUUCAAGAAAGUUGUUGAGUUUGGAUAUAUCAUGGUGUCGCCGAAUUAGCAACGAGGCUCUCGGAUUGAUUGUUGAUAGCUGCUCAUCUUUAAAGCUGCUCAAAGUCUUCGGUUGUAGGCAGAUAACAAAUGUAUUUGUAAAUGGACAUUCGAAUCCAGUGGUGAGGAUAAUGGGAUUAAACUUGACUCCGAUAAUGGAUCAUCUGAACUUGCUUGCAACUGAAGGAGUGCUCUUACGCCAUUCACCGAUUCCAUAAAGAAUCGAAUUUGACAUCAUCAUCAUCUGUGAAAAGCCCUUUUUUUACGGGUGGCUCGAAUUAUGUCAUUUACUUAUUAUUUGUCACUAAACAUUGCUAGCGCAUAAUGUGGCGUAAAGUACCCCCUUUUUUUUGUUCCUUGGAUUACAGGGAGAGAUACUGCUGAUUUAUGUUCUAGAUGUGGAUUAAAUUCAUCUGAAAAUUAUUCAAUACCUUGAAGCUCUAUUUAAAUUGAAUCCAACUAUUUUUUUA